UGUCCAAACGAUGCCGUAUAACGGGUCUCCUGAAUCCCUUAAUGCUAAUGGGUUUCCAGUGUUGAUAAUAUUACUCCAGGCUGAACUCUUUCUUAUAAGGCGAUCAUCCCCAAUCCUUACAGUUUUCGCCGGCGACUCGAAACCUGAACUCUUUCCGAGUUAAAAUGUCAUGGUUUGCCCGAUCAAUAUCCAAUACGCUCAAAUUUGACGACAACGACGAUGAAGUCAGCACCGGCAACAAACCCAAACCGGAAAACGUCCUCCAAGACGACGAUGUUUCAUCUCCAAUAUCUCCGUCUCGAGGCGUCAAGGAUGACUUCUCGGAACUCACCAAAACCCUCAAGAGCCAAUUAUGGGGCGUCGCCUCAUUUCUAGCCCCACAGCCACAGCUCGAUCCGAAUAAAUCAUCACAGGAUCAGGAUCCAGAUCCGGAUCCGGAUGCGACAUCUGGGAUUCAGACUGAUUUAGCGGAGAUCGGGGGAAGGUUCAGGAACGGAAUUUCGAAGCUGUCGAAUAACAUCAACGUGUCGGAAAUUACCAAAAUGGCUUCGAAUUUCCUGCAAUUGGAAUCUGACGAUGAAAUUGAAAAGGAAGGUAGUGCAGAGGAUUUUAAUUCGGCUAGGAAAAAAGUGGUUGGUGUGACUGAGGAAGUGGUGACUUUCGCCAGUGAUAUUGCGAUGCAUUCCAAAACUUGGUUGGAUUUCCCAUUGCCGGAAAAUGAUGAUUUUGACAUGUCCGAUGCCCAACAAGAACAUGCCUUAGCUGUUGAGUAUCUUGUCCCAAGAUUAUCUGCUUUGAGGUUUGAGCUAUGCCCAGGAUACAUGAGUGAAAGUUGCUUCUGGAAGAUCUAUUUUGUACUCCUGCACCCUCGAUUGGAUAAAGAGGAUGCUGAGAUUUUAUCAACAUCCCAGAUAAUAAAAGCCAGAAGCUUGCUUGCACAGGAGUCAAAGAACCAGACACCAACAAAACUAAAAGACUUCCCUGAAAACGGAUCUUCUGAUCCAAAAGACAGCACCGCCCCUUCUCAUGACGACUCCCUCUAUGCGUCAUCUUUCGUUCCUUCUGAAAAUGAGCAUGAAAAAGCAUCUGCCCUUGAAUUAAGCACUUCCACUAUAGCUUCUGCUUCUGAAAUAGUGAAGCACCCAGUUGAGAGCGUUAAAAUUCCAAUUGUUGACAAAUCGGUGAUUGAAGAAGAGGUUAUUGACCAAGUUAAGGAUCAAAACUUGAUAUCUGGUCCCUCUAAAGUUUUGGAAGCGAAGGAUGAGGAACAGGAUGAUGGUGAUGACUGGUUAAAAGAAGAAAGUUCUGAAAUUGGUGGUGCCAGUGGAACCACCAUCCCCAUUGAGAAUGAGGAUGAUGUGUCGUUUAGUGAUCUUGAAGAAGAUGAUGGAGAUGUGCCUGCCAGUUCCAGGAAAACAAAUUACAGUUUUGAUAAAGACUCACGAGACUGGUUAGAUGUUGAAGAAAUUGAUGUGUCGUGAUUCAUUGCGUAACCCUUGUACGGCCAAUUUAAUUUCCUAUUGUCAGUUCAGUAGAGUUGAUCGUUAUUUCUUGCAUUCAGGGCUUUGCAAAUGGUACGUUUGUACAUAAACCUCAUAGUGAAUAAAGCCUGGAUUAUUAUCUUACUAUGAAAUACUUAUUAAAAUGCUAUAUAGAUUCAGAAGAGCAUUGUAAAUGUUUGGCAAUAUUCAGAUGAUGUUAUGUUGAUAAUCCUCUCAUUUCCAAUUUGAUCA